AUGGUACGUACGACGCGCAGGCGGUGGAAUGGCAUCAAAGUCCAAACUUUUAUAUUCUCUCUAUCUGAUCUCUCAUUCUCAUUCUCAUUCACAUUCUCAUUCACAUUGUAUUGCCGUUCCCAGCCGCAGCAGCAACUUCCUGCUUUCAAAUUGGAUAGGGAAGGCGUCUACAUAGCCAGAGAUUUUUCCAACAUGUUACGUUCCAAAUCAAGAUCGGCCUCUUUCGAUUUGGGAAGAAAGAACCACGCCUCUGUUCUAUCUCGGACCAUCUCUGCAUCCAAGUUCUGUAGAGGAGACCCUGUGAUUUCACAGAUCCAUAAAAACGCGCUCAAACCCAUCGAACCAAAUCCCUCCAUGCUUGCUGAUUUGUCCCAGAAACAAGUCGUCGGAAUUUCCACGAUGCAGGGACAUUCACAUUCGGAUCAGAACGGGGAGGAGUUGAAGAUAUCAAAGGAGAAAUUGGCGGCUAUGCAGGAAGAAAGAGGCCGAUUGCUGAAUGAGCUUCGAGAGACGAAAAUGGUGGCUCAGGAGGCCAAUACGAAGCUAAGCGAGGCAUUGUCUUCUCAGCAGGCUGCAGGGGCAAAUGCAGAGUUUGAUGCUGUGAAAGAAUCCCUGUCCAAUUCAACAAGGGAAUUGAAAAUGAAAAAGGAGAAUAUCGAAUCAUUGAAACUUGAACUCGACAAGGCAAAGGAGAUUGAGCUCAGAUUGAAGGAGAGAGAUGCGUCUUGCCAUAGGUUGGAGGAGGAGCUGAGCAACGCGAAAGCCUCCCAGGCUCGGGCAAUGGGAUUGUUGUCUGAGAGCCAGAGAAGAAUUCAAGAGCUUGAGGAUGAAUUACAGAGAGAAAAGUUGUCCGAAAAUAAGAUUAGCAGAGACCAUGAUGGAGGUUGCGGUCACGAGGAUGUAGAAUCCAUGAAAGAAACCAUUGAAAAUCUGAGGUUUGAGCUUCAACUGGCGAAAGAAAAUCUGGCUCGUGUCCACGGGGGCGACAAAAUUGCUCUCUCAAAGGCUCAGAGCCCGGUUGAUGAGGUGAACUCGCUUAAAAGCGAGCUGAAAUCAGCAAUUGAGGCAGAGGAGACGAGCAAGAAGGCCAUGGACGACCUGGCAUUAGCCCUCAAAGAAGUCGCGACAGAAGCCAACACAGUGAAGGAGAAGCUCGCUACAACCGAGACUGAGCUCGAGCACGUGAAGCAGGAGGCGGCAGAGUUGAAGGGCAUGGUGAGGAGCAUUGAGGAAGGCUACGAAAAGAAAUUGGAAGAAGCGAAGAAAGAAAAUGAGCGGAACCAACAUACUAUCCAGAGACUGACAUUAGAGACCGAAGAGUCCCUCUUGGCAUGGAAUGCGAAAGAGAUGGGCUUUGUCGAAUGCAUCAAAAAAGCUGAUGAAGAGAAGGCACAUGUCCAACAGGAGAACGCCAGGCUGAUUGAGUCCCAGAAAGCGGCCGAAAACGCAACCAGGACAUCAAGGGAAGAGAAUUUCAAGCUGAGGGACAUACUCAAGCAGGCCUUAAACGAAGCCAACGUCGCAAAAGAAGCAGCCGCCAUUGCCAGGGCCGAGAAUUCCCAACUCAAGGACUCCCUGGUUGAGAAAGACGAAGCCUUAGACUUCAUCAUUCAGGAAAAUGAACGGCUUCGAAUCAAUGAAGCAGCAGCUCACGAGAGCAUCAAGGGGCUGAAGCGAUUCCUCUCUGCAUCGGCGACCAAGCCAGAAACAGAGCAAGGAAGCAUAUUCAGGUUCACAAAAUCAAUGGCGAUGCAUCAUAAAGAUGGGAGGAAAUUGAACAAGGCCUUCAGUUUCAAUCUGAGUGAGCUUAAAGCUGCAAACAGGCAUGAUCAAGAUGCGGCUGUGGAAGCUGUGGAAGAAGACCCAGAGAAGGCCGAGGCGCUGAAAGGCUCCAUCUUUGACACUGUGGAGUCGCCCAAGUCGGAGCCGAAUACGCCUAUGCACAGAGGAGAGGAAUCAGAGUGCACAGAAGAGAAGAAAGGGGUGAAUGUAGAAGAGGCAGAUCAUCAAAGUGCGGAAGUGUCCCAUUUCUCUGAUGCAGAGAGUGAGAGGAGUUCACAGAGGAAUAGGAGGCCAUUGUUGCGGAGAUUCGGAGAUCUUAUAAGGAGAAAAACCUCGUACAGAAAGGAACAAGUUGUCGAGUAAAUAUUCUGUAUCAUUUUGUAGUUUGAUUUUGCCAUCCUUUUGGUUUGUGAAAUUAUGGAUUAAUUAACAGUGUGAAUUUGAAGCAGCAGCUUUUAGUAAAAAGAUCAAGAUGGCUUUGUGAUUGAUGCAUUUCAAGGUGAUGCCACGGUGGCGACCUUAAUAUGUUCAUUCUUCGUCUGGUAAAACAGGGAGUUUUGGGCACCAA